AUGGUAUGUUUUUUUCGAAACUUUUUUUAAAUAUGAACUUUUCAAGGUCCAACUUUGCGCCGUAGCCAUAUUCUCGCUUUUCAUAGCUGCUUCUCAAGGUAAAACUUUUAUCACUAUAAAUCCUCAUUUUAUCCUUUCCAGCCCAAUUCUCGACUCCAUCGAGUCAAUGUGGAGACAACGAAAUUCGCAAGCGUUGUGGAACCCCGUGUGAGCCUCGCUGCGACCGACCUGAACCGGUUUGUCGCUUCGUGGCAUAUAAUAGAAAGAGGGAAAGUUUCAGGGAGCUUGCGCACUUUAUUGCGUUCCAAACGCUUGCCAAUGCCUCGACGGGUUCGCCAGAGAUUCCCAAGGUAAAUGUGUUCCUCGUCGGGAAUGUUCUGGACAACACGAUGGUAAGAACUUGAACUUAUUAUUUUAGGAAUACGGACAUUUUAGGUUCAACAACUCGUCAUCCUUUCGGACUACCAGCCAGCCGCCGUUGGCGUCGUACAACUGACAGAAGUUCGGAGGAAAGCCAAACUUGUAAGGGGUUUUUUCACCAAAAAUUCUUCAUACCUCAAGUUUGAUUCUGAAACUCCAAAAUAGAGAAGUCGGCAGUGUAUAGCAAAAAAGUUGGACCUAACCCUAAACCUAGUAUAGUAUCUAAGAAACUACUGAGAAAUCUCGGAAAAUCGAAAUCCGAUUUCAGCUCCAUCUUCUCAAACCGGCUCCUCUACUCAAAGCACGCCCUUGAUCUCAUCCUCAUCCUCAGCUUCCAUCUCAAGCUCCACCUCAGCUUCUUCCUCGACGUCAGCCACAUCUGACGGGCUCUGCAACGGCCAACGAUGCCCAAUCGGCUCUACGUGCCGCCCAUCGCCAAUCUUGUGCCUCUUCCCCAACUGCCCACGGUUCCCGCCACGCUGCACUCCCGACGAGAGCGUCAUCAGAAUCCCGCGUGACGUCAGCACGCCUUCUGGCGGACUUUGCAACGGCCGCCAGUGCCCAGAAGGCUGGUCUUGCCGUCGAUCCCCGAUUAUGUGUCUCCGGACCGGCUGUCCUCAAUUCCCGCCACACUGUGCUCCGAACGACGACUCUGUUCCAGGGCAAACCACCGAACAACCGCAAGAUCAGUAG